AUGAUUUUUGUCAUCGUCAGCAUGAUCUACAUCCCGAUGAUCAUAGCGUCGAACAUCAUCGUUUUCUGGGGGAUCCUGCUGUACCCGGGCUUCUACACCAGCAACAACUUCCUGCUGAUGAACCUGGCCGUCUACGACGGCAUGGUGGGCCUGGUCUGCCUGCCCAUGUACAUGCUCUGCUACUCCGAUCUGACCAAAGAGUUCAUCAGCGACAGCAAGUAUCUGUGCCUGAUACGGUUCUGCUCGGUCAUCAUGUUCGCCGGCGGCUCGAUCCACGCUCUGCUCUUCUUGUCCAUAGAUCGCUACAUCGCGGUCAUGUGGCCGUUGCGGUACUGCUCUCUUGUGACCAACGAAAGAAUGAUCCGGGUCUUGGUCGCCCUGGGAGUUUAUAUGUUCACGAUCUCGAUGCUCCCAAUAAUGGGCUGGAACUUCUACGACUACAAUGUCAAAAAUCUCAACGAGCGCUGCCAUGCCUACCGUGUGCUUCCACAAAUUUACAUCAUUUGGUCCACGGUGAUAGCGCUUCAGAUGUGCAUUUGGGUCUCGGUUAUCCUCAACGUGCAGAUCAUCUACAUCGUUCUACAGCAGAUCAAGGCCUCGAAAAAAACGCUCCCGACCUGGUCAAAUGACAGCAUAGUCCAGUUCGAAAACCGCAUCAGUAGCGUCAAGGUGACUGUGGUGCUCAUGCUCUUGUUUAUAAUUUUAUGGCUCCCGUUUAUUCUGGUGGCUCCGUUAAAAAUCAAGAAAGUGUUAUCCCCUGCAACGACCGAAGUUAUAAAGACCUACGCCAUGAUCAUGUUCUUCGCCAACUCCGCCGUGAACGCGGCUAUCUACGCCAUCUUGAGAGAGGAGUACAAAGAAGUGUACACAGUCAUGCUCACCAGCUGGCCUUGGAACUGGAAAAAUAAUCUUCGAAAACUGCAUAGGGAACUGAAUUACAAGUACUCAAUUGCCAGAUUCAGGAGAACAUAUGAUGUUGAAUCUAGCAUAUUGAAUUCUGAAAUGUGCUUAUCU